AUGCACCCUUGCCCUCCUUCAUCCCUUUGCCGUGCGUCUCCCUGCAUACACAAUACAUUGAGUAAUCCCGGCCGCUCCGCCUAUGAGAGCGCAAGUAAUCCGUUGCACGUGAAAGUCGCAUCGGGCCUAGUGCCGCCCCGGAUUUCCGCCUCAAAGCGCGAUGAUUUUCUGCAAUUCAGCUCUGCCACAACGCCCUGCCUGUCCACCUCUACGUGGGAACUCCCUGUGUCGCUCUGCCAUUCCUGUGAAAACAAACCUAUCCAAUCCUCUAUGUGCCUAUCUGCGCCGUCCUCGCUCGCCUCGAUCUCUUUGACCAACUAUCUGGUCAACUUCAAUCUCGUCUCACCCGAUCUCGAUUUCUCGGACGCUCUCCCCGACGUGUUUGACGUGACCGAAUAUCCUUUCCUCUGCUCCUUCGCCUUGGAUUUUGACUCCGCCGUCGGCGAGGUGAUCUGGCUAGGGGUCCCAGGUCCGUCCUGA